CGCAAAGCAGCGGCGGCUUGGAUUGGCUGCCCUCCCCACCGGGAGUCCGCUUUAUGUCGGGGAGCAUAUAGGCGUCUCUUCGAUAUUUCGCCCCCACUGAAUUUUGUUCCUUUGGCUCGGCGAAGCGUGAUUGUGAAUGAUCGACCGUCUGUGUAAAAAUUCUAACUUGUCAUGUCUUGGGAGGACAAGCAGAUCGUUGUAUCAACAUGUGCUUUAAUUGUAAUUCUCUGCAUUGUAAACACGUGUCGCGGUUCCAAUGCAAGCUUGGCGACACCGAGUGCUUUCGCUCUACGUAGACUAUACCGUGUCAGCACCAGCAUAAAGCAUAAUCUUGGUGGUGGGAAUACCGUAACAGAUGCCACUUUUGGAAAGCUGGUAUUUUCACGCGAUUUUAAAUCGAUGCAUGGUGGACGCCGCAAUGGCGUCUCUCUGAAAUGGAUCCACAAAGAGUACGAGCACCAAGAGACCUCGCAGGCCAGUACAUUUGUUAACCGCCCUGGGCCGCGGAACCGCAGGCAGGUUACAGGAAAGGUCUUUGGCCCGUACCCUGGAUCUGGCGAUACAGCUCCCGGAAAAUGGAGUGCAAUGAGGCCCGUUGUACAGUGCAAAAUCAAUUUGAUGAUGCUCACUGCGCCGGGCCAAGCAUACAAACAUCUACUAAUAGACAGAGGAAAUACCCCUCCCCUACCCUUUUCCCAUCUGCCAUCUAGCUGUGGUUACUCUGUGAAGGUGACAUGGAGGGAUGUGAUUUUGAUUACACCAUAUGACGGUUGCUAUAUCAUUCAUCAGAAUGGCACUUAUGUUCUGCCGUUGCUUUGGUGGGGGGCUCCUGUCAAGAUGGUCUGCCCUGAUGUCGUGCCCCCCCCACAUGUCCAUCUUUCUGUCCGUUGCUGGCUUUUUGGCAUGUCCCUGCAUAUAAAGGCACAGAAACAUGAAAUUAACAACCUCAGGAUCAAAUUGAAAGGCGGCUGGGUACCGUCUGUGUCUGUAAAGUGUGCGUUCCGUGCAGAUGGUCAAUCUGGAGAGGUGGUCCUCUAUCUCCCCUAUGCGAUCUGUGAUAUACCUCUUCAGGAUGGGUCACACACCCUCUCCGUGUUUUCAGAAGGAGAACACACUUAUUCUUGUGCAUCGCUCCCUUUGCCCCAAACCUUUCAGCCCCCCCCUACUGCUCCACCUGUCAGAGAUCCUCCUUUUUACCCCAUGAUACCUGGCCCCUUUCCCCCUGUCAAGCCUCUGGUCCAGCCUGCUGCUCCUCCUCCACUUGACAUUCCCACUAUGGUAAUGUCUCGCUAUAACUACUAUCCCAUAAUUCCCUUCCUGAGCUCAGGUUCCAUUCCUGGUCCUCCCCUGCCCUCUAUUGGCUAUCCUCCCUACAAUCGUAUGGUACCCCUGUUUCUUCCAUACCCUCUGCCCCCUAACCCUACACCAGGUAGCCUCACGUACACAACCUCCAGCUAUAAGACUCCUGUUUCCACCACUUUCAUGCCUCCAAUCUGGGCUCCUACUGACCCAGUCCGUCCUGUGGUCAGUACCCCGGAAAGACCCAUCUGGCAGAAGUUACCGGUGCCAUACCCUGUAGAAUGGCCUCCCUCCGCUUGGACCACUCCUCCUCCAUCAGUGACCACAUGGGUCCCUGAGUCUCCUGCAAGUCCACCCCCUGGUCCUCUGCCAGUCUCUGUGGGCGUCCCUACAAUCCCCCCUCAGUUCCAGCCCGCUCUGAUGUGCAAUACCAACUCGAUGACCAUCUCGCUGCCCUCUGCCCGGCCCGGAUCGGUCAGAGUCUUAGGCCGAGAGAAUGUUUGGAUGCCAUUAAAAAAUGCCCCAGCGAACUGCUUUUACAAGAUCCAGGCCACUGGCACCCGUGGGCUGAGGAUCUCAUCCCCUCUUCCUGCUUGUCACACGCGUAAUCAGUCAUCCACUUCUUCUGUCGUCAUAAAGUUCUGGGAUGCUUUGCUGAGACGACGCCGGAUCCUGGAGAUGCGUUGCCCACUGCCCACCAGCCUUCCCACGUUAUUUCCAUCUCCACCUCCUCCCCCCGUUUUGCAAACCUCCUUUAGUCCUGCCCCACUCCUCAAGCCCCAGGUGCUGUGCUCCGCCAAGGACAUGCAUGUGGAAUUGCCCCCAGGACCCCUCAGGGCUGUAGGUCUUAAGGACGGCGAGGGCGCUGUGAUUCGUCUGAAGGAUGCCCCCAAGCAUUGUGGGUAUGCAAUUAAUAGGGGGAAAAAUGGUGUCAUCUCACUGAUGCUACCCUUCAGUUCCUGUCACAUGUCUAUGCAGGGUGAUAAGUACAGAGUUGACGUGACGUAUCGAACUGCCAAUGGUGAAGAGGAAACUACAUUAUCUUGCCCGGUCCGCCUGCCCUUCACCAAGCAAGAGUGCGAUCUCUCCAUUGACAAACGCAUCCCUUGUGGGUCCGAAUCACCCCCUCCUGAGGAAUGUCAUUCCAGGGGCUGCUGCUACUCUUCAGACUCUGGGGCUUGUUUUUACCCCAUGGAUGAGUGCACGGUGGACCGGCAUUUUGUGUUCUCCGUGCCUGCGUCCCUCACGGAACCUCCCCUCUCUCCUGCCUCGCUUUUUGUGGCCGGGAACUCCUCCUGCACCCCUCAGACUGUCACCCCCAACUUUGCCUUGUUCAGGGUUCCUCUGGACGGGUGUGGGGCACACAGAUACGAGAUCGGACAGACGGUGGUUUACAUGUUGGAGAUCGUCAACACCAUCCGGUCCAUUGCCCUCAGCUAUGGCGCUAUUACAAGGGAUGCUCCUCUCAGAUUAUUAGUGGAGUGCAGGUUUCUUCCCGGCUCCCAAGUCACCGUGGGCUACUUGGUGAAAACUCCGUCUCUUGGCCCUUCCAUCCAGGCUCAGGGCCUCUUUGGUGUGCAGCUGAGGAUCGCUACAGACCAGGACUAUACAAGCUACUACCCCCAGUACCACCGUCCUUUGCACCUCCUCCUGGGGAAGGUACUGUACCUGGAGGUGCGCCUCCUGAACGCCCCUGACCCGGAUGUGUUGCUUCUGGUGCAUUACUGCCUGGCCUACCCUCGCUCGGCACAGUCUGCCUGGGUGCUCAUCUAUAAUGGCUGUCCCAAUCGCCUAGACUCUUCCCCACCACAACUCCCGCCACCAUCAACUCUUCCAAAACAUACCAGAAGGUUCACCAUCACUACAUUCCAGUUCCUCUCCCCUGAUAGCAAUUUUAUAUUGGAUGAAGAGAUCUACUUCAUGUGUUCAACUGAAGUCUGCUCGCCCUCUGAAGGCCCUUGUGUGGAGGGUUGCUUCGGUGGCGAGAACAAUUCUGCCCAGAGAUCCAGUUUUAGCAGGAGCCUGAAGACCAUUAGCCACCAGGAUGUGACUGGCUUGGCAUUGACUACCAAAAAUAAGACGUUGUGAAGACAUCCUCACGGGCCUUUGUGCCGCUGUUGAUGGGGUAUUCCCCCCCCCCCUUUCUCUCUGAUCUUGAACAGUCACCUGCCACAACCAUCUCAAAUACAGUGUAUAUACAAAAUCA